CGCACUGCAGGCAGUAGGUGAAGAGUCGAGGUAAACUAACGGCCACUGUGCCCGUCCGUCCGCCUGCAGUGGUUCCCCAUGGCUGCGCCUCUGUCCUUCGCUGGAAAAGUGGUUCUUAUCACGGGGGCUGGUGGAGGCCUUGGGAGGGAAUAUGCAUUGGCUUUUGGUGAGAGAGGAGCCUCUGUCAUUGUGAAUGACCUAGGGGGAGAUAUUAAAGGAGGUGGGAAGAGUUCAGCGGCUGCUGAUAAAGUGGUAGAGGAGAUAAAAGCUAAGGGUGGCAAAGCUGUGGCAAAUUAUGAUUCAGUAGAGGACGGUGAAAAGCUAAUCCAAACAGCCUUGGAUACAUUUGGAAGAAUAGAUAUCUUGGUAAAUAAUGCUGGGAUUCUGCGUGAUCGUUCUUUCGCUAGAACCAGUGACUUGGACUGGGACCUCAUUCAUAGAGUGCAUUUGAGGGGCUCUUUCCUAGUCACCCGUGCAGCAUGGAAUCAUAUGAAGAACCAAAAGUUUGGGAGAAUCAUCAUGACCUCAUCAGCUGCUGGGAUCUAUGGUAACUUUGGUCAGGCAAACUACAGCGCUGCCAAGUUAGGCCUCCUGGGUCUGGCCAACACUUUGGCUAUUGAAGGAAAGAAGUACAAUAUCCAUUGCAAUACCAUCGCCCCAACAGCAGGCUCACGUCUCACGCAGACGGUCAUGCCACCAGAUCUCUUGGACUCACUGAAAGCAGAAUAUGUGGCUCCUCUUGUUCUUUGGCUGUGCCAUGAGGAAUGUAAGGAGAAUGGGAGCCUUUUUGAGGUUGGAGCUGGCUGGAUUGGUAAAUUGCGGUGGGAGAGGACCUUGGGCAAAAUUGUCCGGCAUAAGAACCAGAACAUGAGCCCAGAGGAUGUACGGGACAAAUGGGACCAGAUAUGUGACUUUACCGACGCCACAAAACCAGCUAAUAUACAAGAGUCAUUGCAAUCACUGGUGGAGGUGCUGUCAAAAGUGGACGAUGGGGAAGGAAUUCUAGCCAAUCCAACCAGCGCUAUGGCCUCAACCGGAUCUGGCAUCAACCCUACAGAGGCUGUGGGGAAGGUGCUUCCACAAAUGACCUUCACCUACACCCACAUGCACUGCAUCCUCUAUGCUCUAGGAGUGGGCAUGUCCACCAAGGAUCCAGAUCAACUCAAAUUCCUCUACGAAGGCCAUGAUGACUUCAGUUGCCUGCCCACCUUUGGUGUCAUCCCAGCCCAAAGCUCUAUGCUAGAAGGAGGUCUCAGCUCUGUUCCAGGGCUCAGCUUUGACCCCACCAGGCUUCUGCAUGGAGAGCAGUACCUUGAGUUGUACAAACCAUUGCCCACCUCAGGAACACUCACUUCAAAGGCAUCAAUAGCAGAUAUUCUCGACAAGGGAUCUGGUGCAGUCAUACUCUUGGAUGUUCACACAUACAGCAACCAAGAGCUGGUAUGCUACAAUCAGUUCUCAGUGUUCAUUGUUGGUGCAGGAGGUUUUGGAGGAAAGAGAUCUUCAGAUAAAGCUGUGUCAACAGUUCCUGCUCCAAACAGAGCGCCAGAUGCGGUGGUGGAAGACGAAACCUCUAGAGAUCAGGCUGCUUUGUACAGGUUAAGUGGUGAUUGGAAUCCACUUCACAUAAAUCCAAGCUUUGCAGCAAUGGGAGGCUUCAAAGCCCCAAUUCUGCACGGACUGUGCUCUUUUGGAUUUGCUGCCCGCCACGUUCUGAAGCAGUAUGCUGGCAAUGAUGUUUCCAGAUUCAAGUCCAUUAAGGUGCGGUUUGUGAAGCCUGUGCUACCAGGACAGCGUCUUCAGACAGAAAUGUGGAAAGAGGGGAACAGAAUCCACCUACUGUGUAAAGUCAAGGAGACAGGAGCUGUGGUAUUGUCUGGGGCAUAUAUAGAUUUACAUGCAGCUCCAGGUGCUUCCGUUAAUGCAGUGCCAGCAGAGGCUGGGGGUCUUCAGAGUGAUUUAGUGUUUGCUGAGAUUGGCCGACGGAUCAAAGACCUUGGUGCUGAACUUGUGAAGAAAGUUAAUGGUAUUUUUGGAUGGGAAAUCACGAAAGGAGGAAAGAUAGCAGCACAGUGGACCAUAGAUCUGAAGACGGGAAAUGGUGCCCUCCACAAGGGUCCAUAUACUGGCAAGGCUGAUGUGACUUUUAUUGUAGCUGAUGAGGACUUCAUGGAAGUGGUGAUGGGGAAACUCAACCCUCAGAAGGCGUUUUUUGCUGGCAAGCUGAAGGUCAGAGGGAAUAUCAUGAUGAGCCAGAAGCUGGAGAUGAUACUGAAGGAUUAUGCCAAGCUGUGAGCCUCCACCCAUCCAAUGCCUGAGAGCGAUGCAGAUGCACCCUCCAUAAAAGUGAGUGUGUCAGGAAGUCUGCAUCAGUGAUAGUCAUUUCUAGGAUCAUUUUGGGCAAUGAGAUCUAAAAUCUAACAUAGCAAUGAGAGUGCCCAAUAUUUUCUACAAAAUCCAAAUCAAAACAAAGCUCUGACUUAAACUUCUCAGAUUUGGAACAUAGAGUUGUUCUCUCAUAACUGAUUUCUUCUGGGUAAGAUGUUAGGGAGAAUGUAGCUAAAACAUGCAGGAUCUUUAAUGCCAUACUGUAUUACACUGUCACAGUUUGUGUAACGUGGUACAGUUGACCUGACCUGAUUUUAACCAUAACUUGUGCCUGGUCAGGUAAUCGUGCGAUCUCUCUCGCUUUCAGUUGAACACAUGGUUUCUCUGUUGGCAGCAUGUCUUUCAAUGAUGUAAUUAAUGCAUUCUUCUGCAUCUUUCUGAUGCAGGCCUAAUGUUGACUUGACAAUUAAAAAAACUUUUUAAAAAUUUUUUAAAAAUAAUUCAUAGAGAAUCUGUUUUACCACAAGAUGCUAAUACUACUUACCAUGACCUUACCUUUAUGUGUAAUUAAAAGUACUGCAUAUGUUUAAUAUGUGCUGUUAAUUUGUAAUAAAUCUCACUUUUAUGCUACA